UGAUGUGACAGGAACAUCCAGCGGGCUGCGGGUCGGCGAAGCUGUAUAAAACCAACAUCACCACCUUGAGUGAUGCAUAUUGCUCUUCAACCCCAAGAGAGAGGCAUAUUGAUUAAGAGGGUGCAGGUAAAUUGCGUUUCUGGCUGUAUAUCAACUGCGAGAUUGAGAAGAAAUUGAACAUGUAUCUGUGUACUUUAGGGAUGCUGAUAAUGUUGCUAGGCGCGGCUGUUAUGAUAGGAGUGGCUACUGCGCAGGAGGGCGUAGAGGAUCGUCUUGGAGAUUUUGCCAAUGUUUCAGCCACUUUAACAGUCAGCUGUGAAGAGUACGAGAAGAGGAUCGGCUGCAACGUGGAACGUCUGUGUUCGUGUGAUGAACUCUGUGAAACGCUGAAUGAUUGCUGCCAGGCCAGUUAUCGCGAUCACGUUACCAAACAUGGCGUAGUUGGGUCGACUAGUGCGACUGGUGAGAGUAAUCAAUCGCUUAUCGCGAGGGACACUCCAAGAACUGGCGCCUAUCACGUGUGCGUGGAACUCCCGUCGACAUUGACGGGGUUCAAGAAAAACGGCUUGUUAUUCCACAAUGAGUACAUGCUGCCGCAAGGAUAUUGGAUGGUUGGUAGGUGUCCGCCAUCUUGGAAAGACCUAGAUAUCAGACAUCUCUGCGAAGCUCCAGACGAUGAGUCCGACCUUAUGCUUCUACUCCCUGUAGUGGCGUCCAACGACCCCUCGACGUCAUUUCGUAACAUUUACUGCGCUGUUUGUCAUGGGGUUCCAGUAUCACAGAUGAGAACUUGGAGAAUACAAUCGAAUGUCUCUCUGGCGUCUCUAAAAGGUGCAAAUGAUUCAGAAGAAAUUCUUCAAGCUGUAGAUUCCUUAAAAGUCUUCAACACGAGAAACAUUCAGUUCAAACAUGACUUUGAAAAAUUACGAAGUUGCGUUGCCCAUGAAAUCGACAAUUGUCCACUGGACUUUGGAGAUGACGGCAUAAAAAGAGCGUGCCGAUCCCACACGAUGGCCGUGGUGCAUCCUGUUACUCACGUGAGAUACAGAAACUGGUACUGCGCACUUUGUAACAAUGCUCUACACGUCACAAUGUGUCAUUUAUUCAAGCUUGGCCCGCACAAGGUCUGGUCCCCCACGCUGACUGCACUGGUGGACUUCCAGGGAAACAGAGUUUCAAUCAGAGAUAUCGCUGGUGCUGACAGCAGACCGACGCACGUUGAAAAUACGUGCGGGAGAAACGAGUUUCUGGACCCGUUUACAUUGCGCUGCCGAGCUUUGAUGAGCUCGGGAGGGUGGGAGCGAGAAAUCCCUUCUGAACCAACCAUUAUCCAAAGCGAAUGUGUCCAGCCAGGUCAUGUAGACGUGGAGAUAGACAUGUAUUUUGGCCAAAAUUCCACCUCUACUCCAUGCGAGUUAUGGGGAGAAUGCCUCGGCGUACACGAUUCAUCCGUCUGGUCAACGGAAUGGUGCAAAUCGCAGGAACUCCAUGAAGAGCGUAGCGGCCUUUUUCCUGUGCGCGUUCAUCUUACCGUUAAUUCGACAAUACAAGCACUGGACAAGAUCUUGAACGAAAACCCACAAGUGACACAAAAGAGACAGUGUCCUUCUACGGCUUCCGUAAUGAAAGUGGUCUUGAGAAAGGGAUGUAUCUCACCCACAGGAUCAAGAUGUAUGGAUUACGACACGACAAAUGAAAGUAGUGUUUAUUUGGCGGCUUGGAACAAUUCCGAGAGUCUGUACUUGCGAGAUUUCAACGGCCUGCUAUCGCUGCAAGAUUCUUUGUACCAAGUAACUUACACCUGGAGCAAUGGUAACACCCCCGACAGAGCUCACAGUGUAUCUGCAUGCGGAGAUUUCGUUCAUUUCAACUGCUCGUUGAUCCAAAUAAACUCGAGUACUUUUUCUCAACUUUUGACUGAUAAUCAGAAGCCUUUGGCAGAUGAUGGAAACCACAUUAGUUUGGAAAGUGGUGGGGAUUUGGUAUGUUACUAUCUCCUUUCUCCCCCCUAUUUUCCACAACCUGGAGUUUUUGGAGGCCACGCAAUAUUCAUAGUUACGGUAAUUGGUUUUCUCAUAUCCAUGGUUGCCCUCGUUGCUAGUUUCGUCACGUACUUGGUGUUCCCAAGUCUUCGCAACUUACCAGGACGGUGCGUCAUGUCACUUAUUGCCGCCGUCUUCUCGGCCCAGUUGUUGCUGUUGAUUACGGGCGAUGACGUUGCUCGAUCGGUCAGCAAAGCUUCUUGUACCCUACUCGCAGUUUUACUGCACUACACGUGCUUGUCUACUUUCAGCUGGACCAACGCUUUGGCGUUCUACUUGGCUCGCACCCUGGGGCCUGGGGCUAAACCUGCAGCGGCUAGCCAGCUUCGGAACUCUUUCAUGUACUUCAGUUUCUUCGGAUGGGGAGCACCAUUUAUCAUCGUCCUCACAUGCAUCAUCCUUCAUUUCGUCUCUCUUUACGGCACCUACGGUGUCUCGGAAGAGUAUGGAGGUAUAAGGUCUUGCAGUUUCACUGACAGAAUUAUGGAGAUAGCGGCCUUCGUUGCUCCAGUCGGCAUCUCGCUGCUAACAAAUUUUGGAUUCUUUCUGGCGAUAUUAGUAGGCUUCACUUUCAGAAGGGCGCCCUCUACUAAUUUGUGUUCCAAAGAGGCACGCACGAGUCGAAUGCGGAGGGAUGCCUUCAUUUCAAUUAAGAUUGGAUUUCUCCUGGCAUUCACCUGGAUCUUUGGCUUUCUGGCAAGUGCAUUCAAAAGCGACGUCAUAGUGUAUAUCUUCUGCAUCAUGACAUCUCUCCAAGGAGUCUACAUCUUCCUGGCAUUUACCUUCACCAAGCAAGUGAAGGCCCUGUGGAGAGAGAAACUUGGUCUCGUGACGGCACGAUCAACCACCCAGAAAAAAACACAGCGAAAAUACUUCAAGAAGCCGAAGACGGUAGUGUCUUCAACCGCAGAGAAGAAAGCUGUGUGUCGUAAGCACUCACCAUCAGAGCAGCAGACUGCAGAUACUGCACAUACUUGCACGGCGAAAAAUACAGAUAUGGUCUAGCCUCCAAUCUUCUUUCGGACUCGUGUGUAGCUCUAUACUGUGCAAACUCAUGAAUUGACAAAUCAAGUCACUAUCACUAGGCCUGUAAAGAGCAAUCCACCAAUUCAAGCCCAAUAGAUAACAGUGCAAAACCAGCAUUGCUCAGGGCUCAGUAACAUGCACGCCAAAAUUCAUGGGGUUUCUGAAACAAAAAUGUAGUUUUGAUUUGUCCUUCCUUUUUCAAUUUCUUUUCACUGUUUUGUGGGUUAGGCCUCACCAAUUAUUUCUUUAAAUUAUUUACACACAACAAAAUCAUCUUUCAAAUGGCUCCCCUCUACAUCCGGGGGCAUUUAGAGCCCUUUUCAGUUAUCAUUUAUUCUGACCUCGGAAGCCUUAACAACUGGGGAAUUGAUGAUCCAGGCUAUAUGCAUUACUCUCACCGUUUUGGGGGCCAAAUAAUCUCCUUCUUCAAAAGAAACUGUGAGUGAACUUUUCAUGCUAAUGAGCUGGCCAGAAAUGGUGACUUGCUUUAGUGGGCUGAACUCCUAAUUAGUGUUUAUCUGUAAGGCCAUGGAUUCCAAUAGCAGGGGCAACCAAAGAUUGUCGUGUAGCGCCGCUACGCACCUACUCUCGCUACGCAGCGCUAUAAGAUCUUUGGUGGCAACCGUCCACGGCCAUAAAAUUUGAAUGAAUGGCUUCUGACCACACAUGCCCAGCCUUUGUAUACACAAAAUAUAAUCCAACCACCACAAUGCUUCUGAUUUAUGCAAUGCAUGUAUUUAUCAACAUUCACAAGGUCAUUGUAAGUUCAUCUGUGAGACGGUUUAUAUAUCAAAAUUGUCUUAUAAAAUGUCAGAUAUAUCAAGUUUGUCCCGUUACACCAUAUUUUUACUCGUAAAUUAUAGAUUAACAAACAGAAGUAAUCAGCGGUCAACGACCUAAAUUACAGUUUUCUUAUACUAGGCCUACUCUUCAGUAUUUUUCUCUUCUUGUACUUGGCCGAACGGUCGGAAUCUAGAGCAUGAUGAAACAAAAUGUUAAUUUGGAAUUAUUGUAAAUGUGUCUUGGAAAUUGGACAUUGUGUUUAAUCGCUCGUUUGUACAUUUUUGCUGGUGGGAUGCAUUAACGUGAUCUAUCAACGUUUUUCUUAUUUACAUGCAUGAUUACUUACAUGAUGAGUGUUCUUUCAGAUAUGACAUAUUUUUUAUCUCAAUAUUUUGGUUACAUUGUCAAUAGUUAUCUUACCAUUUGUAAUAAUGUCACUUUUAAUACCAAAUUUCAGUAACUACAUCAACUUUUAAUCUUUCAAAUCUUUUACAAUUAGUAGGCUUAAUUUAAAACAAACUGAAAAUACAGACUUAUAUAUUUUACUAGCUUCAAAACCGACUCAGCUUUCGUGUACUUAACAUGACUCUCUCAUGUUAUUCGUAUUUGAAAUGAUUAACUUGCACAUUGCACAGCAAUUAUAAUAAAUGUUGCAGAGAAAGGCA